UUAAAUUUAAUCAAUUCAUCAAAAUAAAUGAUAUGGUUAGAAUUGGUAAAAUUUUAAGGGUCACGUCGUUUGAACAUUUAUAUCAAAAUAUUUUCAUUCUUUUUUGUCUCCGAAUGGGUGCUUCUGAGGGGACACAAGCAGUUGAUAAAGGGAGGCGUGUUCUCCACAAAAAUUAUUCUCAUUUUUUCAUUUUACGUUGAAAUGGCUCCUUUGUUCGGUGUCGUCAAGGAAUUGGAACCGGGAAAGAGCAAGAUCGCAUUGCAAUUGCGCUUGAUAAGAAGUUAUGACAUCUUCAAGUUCAACAACAGAUCUGAAACAUUUUCUCAUGAAUGUGUGUUCCAUGAUAAAGAGGUACUCGCUCAAUACACUAUUUUUUUUAUAUUUUCGAAAAUUUCAAAUAUCAUACUAAAUUUUUUGUUUAUUUUUACAGGGCGAUCGAAUCCAUGCCACAAUUAAUACUUCAUCACUACAGCAAAUUAAGCCACUCAUCACAGAAGGACAUGUUUAUGCAAUCAAGGAUUUUGUUAUCACCAACAACACCAUGAAAUACAAAACCACAGAGUCGCAAUAUAAGCUUUUAUUGUUCAAGCACACAAGAGUUGUAGAACUCGAUGAUGAUACAUUCCCAAAUCACACAUUCAACAUCAAGAAUUUUGGAGAAAUUUCUUCUAUUUCUGACGUCCAGAAUGUGGUCAUGUUUGAUAUCAUGGGAAUCGUAGUUUCAAGUUAUCAGCCAAUAAUCAAAGAUUUCAAUGGACAGCAAACAAAGCUUAUGGAUAUCAUCAUAGAAGAUUUGGAGGGAAAGACUAUGACAUGCACACUUUGGGAACAAUAUGCAGAUAAAAUGCAUGAAUAUCUGUGCACAGAACCAAAAAUGCCAAUAUGCAUCAUAGUACAAUUCUGUCGCCCAUCUAUAUUCAGAGGUGAAGUUUGCAUAUCAAGUUCAUAUCAUGUAUCAAAAAUACUUUUUGAUGAAAACAUUGUUGAAAUCAAGAAGAUGAAGGACAAUUUUAUCAAACUUCACAAGGAAAGAUCAAUCAAUCUCAAGUUAUUGGCAGCACCAACAAUUAAAACAAUUGAAGAUGAAAUAAAUGAAGGCAGUGCAAAAUUCAUGGCUAUUUCAGAGUUGACUGGAAAAAUGAGGUAUAGACUAAGAGUAUAUGUUGCUGACAAUUCUGGAGGUGUUUCUUUAAGCUUAUGGGAUAGGGAGUGCUUACAACUAAUUGGGAAACCUGCUGAAGAAAUAAUAUAUGAUCCAAAUAGCAAUGAGUUGCCAAUUGAGAUAGAUGCUAUCACCAACAAGAAUGCUCUAUUUAAAAUUAAAGUUGAAGAAUCAACGAUUUUUGAUGGAGCAUAUGUUGUGACAAAAAUCAACUGCGAUCCAAAUAUUUUAAAUAAAUAUUGUGGGUCAAUAGUUGAAAGUGAGACCAAGGAAACUCAAUUGAAAGACAAAGAGAUUGGAAACAUUAAGGUUCAAAAUGAUGGUGGGAGUAGCAGCUUUACUGUUUAG